AUGCGGCGAAAAUAUUGCGAUUGCACGCAAGAAUAUUAUGCAGCCUCACCAGUUCUCCCCAUCAAGACGUUCAUCCAACAAGUCUUCUCCUGCGAAUCCAUAAGACACGCACUUUUGCUGAGGCUUUCAAGUUCAGCAAACAAACACACAGAAACUAUCCAUCACAAACACAAAAUGACAAUUGCUUUUCAGGAACAAACUGACGACAAAUCGCAUCAGAGCGUGAUGUCUGUCAGAAUUUCGAUCCAGUGGCCUCCAGCUGAAGCCAACGAAGAGACCACCACAAUGGUUCUGACAACUCCAGGAGCUCACUACGUCGAUUUGAGGCCUCUCAAAAACUCUCUGUCUGUCUUCCCAUACCAAUGGAACUGGGCAAUGGCAGGAGAAGAAGUGGUGAUUGCCGAGAACGAGAUCGAGUUCAGCCACGAGUUCUUCAACUCAAUGUCUAUCAUCAAAAUGCAGGAGAACAAGCUCAAAGAUAUCGACGAGAAGGUAGAGAUGGGGGGUCGUGAUAUCGGCAAAUUCCAGUCUUUGGAGAGCGGUGAUCGCAGAGAAGACGGUGUAAUGGUGAACCCCGAUACUGGACUGGAACAGCCAUAUAUCGAGAUUUGGCGCAGUUUGAACCCGAAUACUUCCACUCCAGCGAGUCAAGUAGCACUGGAGGGUACUACUAGUACAGUUAGCAUAUGUUUGGAUGUGACUACAGACAGGUUUGUUGGACGUUAUAUUCGAAUUGGUAGCUGGGGACAGGGCGUUCUAUGGGACAAAGAGGAUAGCACCAACUGGGCGCCCAUAUCGACAGUUAGGUCGUUCUAUAACGGCUCAAUAUGGGAAAGUGUGCUUGCCACUGGCAAUAAUGCCACAGAUUUCCCCGUGGACUUUGACGGGAGUGAAGGAGAUGUUCUCAAGGUGGGCGAUGUCGAAUGGCGGUGUGUGGAGUUGGUAUAG